UUUUCGGUACGUGUAUAUGUGUAUUUUAUUUACAGUGCGCGCGCGAGAGCCGUCGCUUUCCGUCCUUCUCGCUCCACAGACACAGCCAUUCCCUAUCCGCUCAUCCUCGAAGGCACUCUCUCGUACAUGCAUAUCGAUCGUUUCCCGAAGACAACACAGGUUGUGUGCACUUUCCCUUCGAAGCGCAGCAUCAUCGCCACCUGAAGAAAAACUCCUCGAGUGCGUGUGUAUCGUCUGCCUGCGGCAACAUUAGCCGAAGGCAGUACGGAAGGAGCAGUAGGAUGUCGUGAUCCGAUGGCCUUCUUCAACAAGCUCUUCAGCUCGUCCAGGAGAAAACCGAACCGCAGGUGCCAUCCGGACGCACGUGAAAAGCUGUUCACGUUCUCUCAAGAUCAAGUGCGGGUAACCGUGUUCAGGGAGUGUGAUUUUCGUGGAAGGAAAUUGCUGUUUGAUUCGCACUCUGUGGAGAAAAUCCUGGUGCCAGAUGAAGAUGUCUUUGUGGGAGAUGGUCGGAGGCGAUCCUUCAUGGAGACGAGAAACGGUUACGGUUACCUGUAUACGAAACCGAGCAGCGACGUUGCUUACUUGGGUGAACUCAUCUUCGGGUCUGUUGGGAUGAGCUACAGGGGAACCUCGUACAAAAUCCACAGCGUCGCUAAUCCGAAUCAGCAAGUCAUCUGCUCUAUGGUGUUUCCGAGUCCGAGGAACCGGCCACCGAAGAUGAGGAACUCUGCACCCAGCCACAUCCACGUGACUUCCGGUAAUGUGGAACGGUCCAUUCGGCUGGAGGAUUCUGGAACGAGUUCCGCAACCUCUUGCAGCGAUCAAUCUGUCCUCAGUACGGCAAGCGACACGCUCUUGGUUUGCAAAAGGACGAGAAGUGUGCCUCUAGACGUUCCGGUGUUAAACUCUAGUCUGAUAAGUUCUUCUGGUUACGGCGGGGACCAGUCGAUGAGUUCGAUAAGCAGCGGGCCCCAAUCGAUUCCGAUUGACCUGGCUCAAGGGAACUCGUGCUCGGGCAACCUCUCCAAACGCUGGGCGAGGACGGCAACCACUUCCUUGGAUCGCUCUCUCUGUAACUCUGAAGAUCAUCAACGCUACCAAAGAGGCGCGCACGGAAGCAAAAUCGGACUCGCCAUCAUCGUAGAGCUGGGUCUGCAAGAAUCGUUGGAGGAGGUGUUGAUGGAACACGCGGCACUGAUCGAUUCGUUGCUCUGGAGGGUUCGGAGCGGCGUGGAGGAGGCGUACGUCAGACACAGCGUGUUCGUGUCCAGCAUGUUCGAUAUCGCGAGGAGUGCGGGACGAUGGUUCGUGGACCUCUUCACCGGCGCCCAUCAAACCGCCAACGCUUGGCACUCAGUCAUCGCCAACUGUGAUAGUUUAUUCAGUAUUACGGCCGGAAGCACUUCCGGCUCGCAUUUAUGCAACCGGCGACAGGACGAGUACAACUUCUUCAGCAUCUCGCGGUUUCUCCGGACCUCCAAUGAGCACGCCAGAUCUGACGUCGCAGAGACCUUCGUCCGGGAUCUGUGCGAAUUGAUAGAGGGCGUCGAUACAAAACACACCAACUUUUUUAUGUCCACGUUGGUGACGGCCGUUCUGACCCACCAUCUCGGUUGGGUGGCGACCUCGUGUCCGGACUUCUCCGGCGACAAAGAGGCAGCGAAGAUACAGGAUGCUGCGAAUCCGCUUUGGGGUCAACUCACCGAUCUGUUCGGCGCUACCGGGCAUCCAUCCAAAAUGUCCCACACAAUCAUCACCGGCCCGGAAAGUAAAUCAGAGCUGAUUUCGAAGAUCCUGAAGGUACUCACAUACUUCAUCAGAUGCGCCGGUCUAACCAGACGUAGUUUAACACGAUCCGAUGUUGAGGGAGAAAAUCGCACCGUCGACGUCAUAUGUCAAAUAAACUCUUGCAUUCCAAAGGAAAAUUACAAAAGGUACGAAGACUAUUUGCGCGAGAUCAUCAAACCAGAGAAACAGCAUCAGCAACAACCCCAUCAACAGCAGCAACAGAAUAAACAUUCCUUGAAGAAAACCAAAUCUAAUCUGAACUCGUUGACGCUUGAUAAGUUCACCGAUCUUGGGCUGCAGGUCAUCGGGGAUGAACAGCAGUUGAUCGAUAUAACUGAAGCAAAGCAACAGAUCGAGAGGGUGUUCAGCGCGAAGAAGGAAAAGGGUGUCAUCUUCGUGCUUGGCGAUGACGAAAAGUUGAUUGGUUUGAAAGAGGAUGAUGCGAAAACAGAAACAUUCCCGUUCAAAGAUUCAGAUUUCUUCGAGUACAAUGGAAGGGCAGAGAUCAAGCCCAGCACGUCGUACACUUCGAUCUUGGCAAGUUUGGAGAGGCCGGAUGUGAGGGCGCAGAGCGAACCCCCCGAACUCACCAAAGUCAAACACAACGAUCAAGCGACGAAAUACAGGUAUUCUGGUGUCAAGUUCAACUUGAAACAGUACCCGCAGAUCGUUAAGAACUACAUGCAGAGUAAAAAUAUCGAGCUUUCUCACCUAUCGCAUAACCAGAAGAAGGAAUUGGAGGACUGUUGCAGCGGUUUCCAAGACAACAUCGACUUUUCCAAAUGCGAAUUAGGAGAACCAUUGACCACACCAUCGAACGCUUCUGAAUUAGAAUUCACCAGCGAUCUGGUGCUAGAGGAUCGACGGCGAGAAGUCAAAAGGGUAAAAGAAGUGGUGUUAACGAAACCCGAGUUCGUUAGAACGACUGCGACGAACAAGGAGCCAGAAGCUCUAAAGUUGGUGGAGUUGCCGAUGCCGAUGUCAGCAGAGGGAGAGAAAAAAAUGAUGCCGCUUUGGGCAUACACCAGCUCCUUGAUGCGCGGUGUCGGCGAUCACUACGUUUCCGAUAUGGUCCUUCAGGGCACUUGGGCGCCUAAAACUGAGUGGGAAGCAAAAUUGAAGCGUGACCUCAUCUCUGAAGCGCGACAUCCUCUCGUAGAUCAAACCGUCGACGAAGCCGUCGCGGUCAUUGGCAACGUAGACACCUGGAACGUUCAUGUAAUGUCUAGCCAUACUUACGUGAUCGAUAGGAAGAACACGGGAGUAAUCGUUGGAAUGUCACAGUUGGUUGCCAACAUGCUAGAAUCGCUCUUGCAAAUGUGGCGACUCAGGACACCCGCAGAAUACUGUAUUCUGCAUAUCGAACAACGUCUCCAGGAGUUCUGCAUGAAAUCCAAAGCCAUGGCGCAGAUGCUUCUCACCACUGACUUCUGCAGCAUGGAACUACUUACCUCCGCUCUUAAACUGGAGGUUAACGAUGUCCCUCUGCUGAUGGCCAUCGCUUCCACACAUUCCCCUCAAGUCACGCAGAAGUAUGGAAUUUGUGUGCAGUGAUACCCAAGAAAUAUGAAGUUAUAUAA